AUGGCGGUGCAGUCGAAAUUGCUGCCACCUGGUCGCAAUCUCAAGCAGCUGAUAGCCGAGCUUACCGAACGAUACCUCAAGCAUCGUACCAAGAUCUCCAGAACCGUCUAUGUCACACUUGUCGUUGCGCUAACACAUCGCGUCUACAAUGCCGUAUCCGAGCAGAAAGCCGCUGCGAGGGGGCAAGCUGAGUUACGAGCACGCCAAACUGCUUCUGGUGAGGACCUCAAAGAAACAGAGCACAAGAAGAAGCGCGUUGAACUCAAUAGAGAGUUCUUCCGGAACCUACUCAGGCUGCUUAAGAUAUGCAUUCCAGGUUUGAGGAGCAAGGAGUUGCGCUUGCUGGUAUCACACAGUAUUUUUCUGGUUGUGAGGACUUUACUGUCCUUGUAUGUUGCCGAGCUCGACGGAAAGGUCGUUUCCUCACUCGUCAAGGGCAGAGGGAGGGACUUCAUACUAGGAUUGGUGUGGUGGAUGUUGGUAGCUGUUCCUGCAACCUUUACUAACUCCAUGCUGCAAUAUCAUCAAUGCAAGCUGGCCUUGGCCUAUCGAACAAGGCUCACGAACCACAUCCACCAGAAAUACCUCGAUAAUAUGACCUUCUACACUCUUACAGCUCUUGACGAUCGAAUCAAAAACGCUGAUCAGCUGAUUACCGUCGACGUGUCUCGAUUUUCCAACUCCCUUGCCGAGCUCUACUCGAAUCUUGCCAAGCCAGUACUAGACAUGGUUAUCUAUAACUACAGCUUGUCCAGGUCGGUUGGUGGAGAAGGCUUGUUUGCAAUGGCCCUACUGGUACAGGUAUCAGCAAACAUAAUGCGCGCUCUCACACCUCCCUUUGGCAAGUAUGUAGCUGAAGAGGCAAGACUAGAAGGAGAGUUCCGUUUUCAGCAUACUCGACUGAUAGAUUACAGUGAGGAGAUUGCUUUGUAUGGUGGACACGAAGCAGAAAAAGACGGCUUGGACAAGGGUUACUUUACGCUGAUCAAGCAUGUUAAUCGCAUCCUGAGAAGAAGAUUUUAUCACGGCUUCAUGGAAGACUUUGUCAUCAAGUACUUCUGGGGUGCUCUCGGCUUGCUUCUAUGUAGCGUGCCGGUCUUCUUCAAGAUUCCUGGCCAAUCAAUCGGAAAGCUCGCCAACCAUACUGAGUCGUUUAUCACAAAUCGCCGACUGCUCUUAAGCAGUUCUGAUGCUUUUGGACGAGUCAUGUUCAGCUACAAAGAGAUCGUCGAGCUGGCUGGCUACACCUCAAGAGUGUCUAGCUUGCUCGACGUAAUGGAUGAAGUUUCACAAGGAAAUUUCCAAAAGCGACUGGUUAGCUCAGCAAGUAUCGAAGGAAAUGCUCAGGUACUCAGUGGGCGUGGUGAGGUCGAAGAGAGCGAGAACAUCGAGUUUGACCAAGUACCAAUCAUCAGUCCCAACGGCGAUGUACUCGUAAAAGCCCUCAGCUUCCGCAUUCAGCCAGGUGAUCACAUGCUGAUCGUAGGGCCCAAUGGCUGCGGCAAGUCUUCACUCUUCCGCAUUCUUGGUGGCCUUUGGCCAGUCUACGGCGGAAAGGUCAAGAAGCCUAAUUUUGAAAGCAUCUUCUACAUCCCUCAACGACCAUAUUUAUCGAGAGGUACUCUCCGAGACCAGAUCAUCUAUCCCGACAGCUUAUACGAGUUCAGAGCCAAGAAAGUUUCCGAGGAUGACCUGCUCGAUAUUCUGCGUGUUCUGGAGGUUGAAUCAGUGGUGGAUCGGCCUGGCGGUUGGGAUGCCAUCGAAGAAUGGCGUGAUGUUUUCUCUGGUGGCCUUCAACAAAGAGUUGCUAUGGCUCGUCUAUUUUACCACAAGCCAAAGUACGCCAUACUCGACGAAUGUACAAGUUCCGUGACUAUGGACAUGGAGAGGAAGAUGUAUGAAACAGCCAAGAGCCUGGGCACAACUUUGAUGACUUUUGACGGAAAGGGUGGGUUUGGCUUCGGACCUCUAGACGCUGAUCGACGGAUUGAGCUAGAAGAUGAGAAGGAGGAAAUUCUAGCGCAACUGAGGGGCGUUGAGACCUGGCAGACACGCAUGAAUGAAUUGAAAGGCUAG